GAAAAAGUUUUUGAUUAAUACUGAUUACACAAGAUUUAAAAAAGAGACACGCUUUCUUUCGUUUAGAGGGAAAACUUUUAGGUUCUGGUGGUAUGGAAACAUGUUUGAAGUAUCAAAGCGCUUAGAACAAGCCAACCAAGCGGCAAAUCCACACGAACAUUUGGAAGAGGAGCACGUGAGAGCUGGUCGCAACGCCGAACUUUCAUUUGUGUCUGCUCUGCGUUUGAAGAGCGGGCUUGACAAAUCAAAUUUGUUUUGCUGUUUAAGGAUUCCAGAUAGAUAUCAAGCACGGAAACGAGAAAUCGAUGUAGUGGUUCUCACUACAGAUGGAAUAUUUUGCAUCGAGGUGAAAUAUUGGUCGGGCACUAUAACGAGAAGUGAAGACGGCUCAAAAUGGAUCCAAACGAGAACGAAGCAGAUCGCGACGAACUCCUUUGCUACCAACCACAUUGAACACAACAAUAGUGCUAUCGAGACUGAACACAAGGCUCGUCUUCUGCGAGAUUAUUUAAGUAGAAAAGAGGUCUAUGUUGCAGAGAAUCUGUUACACAGUCGAGUCGUUUUCUGUAACGCAAACGCUGAGCUAGAUGAACACAUAGCAAACGAUAGCGCUGUAAUUAAACCGAGUGAUGAUCAUGACAAAUUCGUUAAAAGCUUUAGUCGAAGCUUCUUGCAAAGUUUGUCAGAAUCAGUUGUUCCGUCCUGGAUUUCAGGAAAACUGUCCUAUUCACAAAUAAAUCAGAUCAGAAAUGUUCUUUCCACGACAGGAACUUGGGAUGUAAUUCAUUUGAACGGAGGAAGACAGCUGUGCGGGGAUUUAAAAGAAUGUACGGGAGUUUCUCUCGAUCGGAGGAAGUGUGAAGCGCUGGUGUUUUCGCAUCAGAGAAGUCGCGUGUUGGGCAUGGCAUGGGCUUUGUUUGGCUACAGUCCACAAGUCUAUAUAUCCUUGAUAGAGCGGGGUGGAAGCGGAUUAUUAUGGAACUCCUAUUGUGCCACCUUGAAAAUACCGCACAACGCUGAUGUUGUUUUCCGAUUUUGUGGAGAUGAAGCAGAUUCAAACAUCCCAGCCAACGAGAUUGAAAGAAUAUCUCUCAGCAUCUGACAGAAACGUUGAGAAUAUUUGCAGGAAAUUUGGAAUUAACUUCACAAUGUCAUUAGCGGGAAGCAAAAUUAACGUGAUUGCGCCUAUGCGGUGUCAUUAUUAGCCUUCCUACUCAUUGACACUUUUAGUAAUUAAAAGAGUCCUUCCACAGCACAAAAUAAUCUAAGUGUGAUUAUCGACUUUCAAAGUAUAAAUCUGGUACUGUUGAUAAUCUGCACUUCCUUCUGAAGCAACAGGUGUCAUCAGUGGCAAUUUUGUGUGUGUGUGCGUGUGGAGAUGUUUCUGAAAAAUUAAGUCACCAGAUGUAAUAAGGGGUGCUUUCCAUUUGACCAAAAUUUUCGAGAUUUUGGGUCUGAAAUUGAAUGGAAUGGGACAAGUUCUGCGAUAAGUUUUCGAGAAUUUAGGAACACGUUGUGAGUGUGCCCUCUUGAAUGCGGUUGGACGCGUUCUAUUCGAGGAGCUAAAGUUCCGAUAUUUGGCUGAUCCCCGGUGUAAAAGCCACACCUGACGUCAUGAGUCGCGCACUAUCAAACUUUAAAUAAAUACUAGACGCAUAUCUGCGUGAA